UCCCACACACAUUCCAUUUUUCUCUUUCUUUUGUUCCAUUUUCUUUUCUGUUUGUCUCUCUUUUUUCUUCCAUUAUCUCUUUGCUUUUGUCACCCUCACCUCGUCGUCCCUUUCUAGGACGAUGACGAGUGGGUUGACCUUAACACGACCCAUAGAAACCACCAAGGCAGCCAUUGCAACACCUCCAUUAUCAUACUUAAUCAUCAUUCCUUUUUGUAAAUCAAUCGUUAAUAUUUGCAAACUAACAUAGAAUACAAAUAUAAUAUCAUAUAUAACAAAACAAAAAUGACGCCUUUCCAACUCUUAGAAAUAAACAUAAUAUCUGGUCAAGAUAUACAUAAGGUAUCACGGUCCAUGAAAACAUAUGCCGUUGCAUGGGUGCACCCUGAUCGAAAGCUCACAACUCGAGUCGACUCCAAUGGCGGAACCAACCCAACAUGGAACGACAAGUUUGUGUUCCGUGUAGAUAAUCGAUUCCUGCAGUCGGAUACAUCUGCUAUCAUGAUUGAAAUCUACGCGUUACAUUGGUUUCGAGACGUUCAUGUAGGUACAGUCCGGGUUCUUGUAGGGAACCUUAUCCCCCCGCAAACAAGGUCUUUUAAUCAGAAUCAUAUUGGUAUGCGAUUUGUUGCGCUACAAGUUCGUCGACCAUCAGGACGUCCCCAAGGGAUCUUGAACGUCGGUGUCACGGUCCUAGAUAGCACCAUGCGUAGCAUGCCAUUGUACAGACAGCUUAGCACCUCGGCUGUUGGUUACCAGACAUUGAUGGGCCAAGAUGAGCUUCAUAGCCAUCGACAAGACGGGGCUGUCAGUAGUUUCCAACUUCGUCGUACAAAGAGUGAGAAGAGCUCAGUUGUUGGAAAUUAUCAUGAUCACAACAUUAGCCUCCCUAAGCCUAAUGAUUCAGUUAUAAAUGGUGCUGACGACAUGAGCUCAAUCAUAGGAUUCGGAGGUAAUAAAAAGGUGACAGGAAAGGUUAUUUAUGAUAAGCCGUUAUCAAUAGUAGAUGGAGUUGAAGCUUCAUCUAAUCUAAGUUUAGCUGUAAAAUUAAAAGCACAAGAAGGAAAAAAAGCUGGUUCUGUUGUAAGUUAUGGAGCAGCUACGUCAACUAGAGAUGCCAGCUUUGCGAAAAGGGCAAACAAAAGGGAUGAUUAUGAUGAAAACAAAGGUACAAAGACUACGACAUCAACCAAGGAAAAGCACAACUGGUUGCCAAAUUACCCUGUAACAAAGGACUUUGCAGCAGGGUCAAUAUGGUCGGAGUCUGAAGUGGGGCCAUCACCGUCAGAAGUGGCAGCCGCAAUUGCAGAGGAUAACAAGUACAGGCAUUUCCCAGGCAGGGGAAGCUCAAUAAUCAUGGAUGAUAAUAGUAUGGUCGAGAAUGAAGGUGUAAGGACGAAGCUAGAGAGGUGGAGAUCGGACAUGCCAAACACGUAUGAUUAUGGUGGUUCGUAUGUUGGUGGUGGUAGUAGUAGUAGUAGCACCAUCUUCCCUAGGAGUAAGCACACUCGUCGACAUACAACUGAAGGUGCAAAUGGUAAAUUUUCAUGCUUUGGUAAUAUUUGUGGGUACGAAUGCUCCAUAGUAUGUGGUAGAAACGAUGGCGAUUACAAAAAAGGUGUUAAAAGCAAGUAUGUUGGGCGCGCACCUUCCACAGAUUAUGUGUCAACCUAUCUUUGAGAGUGAUUAUAAGGCAAUGAUUUAAGAUCACUUAUAGAUUGGAGAAGAAGCAACCUAAACAUUUUUCCUAUUUUAUGGUUGUUGAAAUUAGAAAAGGAAAUGUAUCGCUCACAACUGCUACACCAUGUUCUCUCACAACCUCGGAAAAAAGCCAAGGCUUCUGGAGAUCUAUGAUAAAAAAGAGUUCCUUUUCAAGUAUUUUGAUUGGUUGAAAAAGAUUUGAUUGUAACACAAGAUUUCCGGUGGGCGUAAAAGAGAUUUCUAUCAAAAACUCAAGGGUUGUAUUUUGCAAGAGCUAGUUUUAUUAGAGUAAUUAAACUAGUGCUCUUAAGUCUAUUAUUAUCUAAUUUUCCCCCAUUACCAAAAGAUGAAUCCAAAUUGUACAUUGACUUUGAGAAAAUGUUGAGAAAUGGAAUCUUCUUAAGACCUCACAUUUGAGUUGCUUAUAUUUCUCGUUAUGUCAUAACAAUUACAAAACCAAAAUAUAAUUAGUCUAAUUUUUUUACUGGAGAAUAAGAAUGAUAAUAUUCUUAGAUAUCAAGGUAUAA